UUGGUUCCCUUCAACAUCCACCAUCACGCUCCAUCGAACCUGAACUUUGAUUGACGCGAUAUUUUCGUCCCUGCGACCCCGAAUCUCCACACUUUUUAAAAAUGCCCGGCGGAAAAGGAAAGUCUAUCGGUGGAAAGGCAGGAUCCAAGGACUCUGCGGGGAAGACUCAGAAGUCCCACAGCGCGAAGGCUGGUCUGCAGUUCCCAUGCGGUCGUGUCAAGCGUUUCUUGAAGAACAACACCCAAAAUAAGAUGCGUGUUGGUGCCAAAGCUGCUGUCUACGUAACUGCUGUGCUUGAGUACUUGACUGCAGAGGUGCUUGAACUUGCCGGAAAUGCUGCCAAGGAUCUUAAAGUCAAGCGUAUCACCCCCCGCCACCUGCAGCUUGCAAUCCGUGGAGACGAAGAGUUAGAUACCCUGAUCCGCGCCACCAUCGCCUUUGGUGGUGUCCUACCACGUAUCAACCGUGCGCUGCUGCUCAAGGUGGAGCAGAAGAAGAAAAACAAGACUGAGGCGUAAUUACGGCGAAUACCCCACGAAUAUGGCGUUUGUUAAUGAUGAUCGAAUGGAAAGGCUUUGGGAUGUACCCAAACAGUGGUCAUGAGGACUGGCUGGGUUCCAGCUUUGCAGGCCAGGGGAGUGCGGAUGCAUUCCCGCUCGCUUCUUUUCUUCCACAACGCUGCAGUUCAAAUGCUUC